CCCACAAGCCGCUGCUUCACUACACACCACCACUUCUCUUCUCUUUUGGCAACCCAGCUCGCUUCAGCAAAAUGGCCCUGGCUGGAAGGCUGCUCGUCCUCCUCGCCGUCGCGCUUCUCGCCGUCUCCAUCGCGGAGCACAAGGUGUUUGCCUCAGGAGCCGCAGAGCACGAGGAUAAUGUGUACCGAGUGAGCAAGGGAGGACAGGGCAGCCUCCAGCAAUACCAGUGCAAGCCGGCGUGCGAGUACCGGUGCAGCGACACCAAGUACAGGAAGCCGUGCCUCUUCUUCUGCAACAAGUGCUGCGACACCUGCCUGUGCGUGCCGUCGGGCUUCUACGGCCACAAGGACGAGUGCGCCUGCUACAACGACUGGAAGACCAAGGAGGGGCGCCCCAAGUGCCCCUAGUUGCAAGAAGAUUCUGCCUCGCCGUUGAAGCCAUUGCUCGAUCGGCCAGGCCGGAGCCGGGCGGUUACAUGGAGUAGCAGGUUGGCCGCUUCUGGCGACGCCGGUGUAAGAACUCGAUCGAGUUCUGGGUUGUUGUAGUACGUAUGUCGCAUGCGUCCGCCUCUUCUCUGCGGUUCCAGAGGGCGGCGCACGCGGUUGUAUCGUGGGAUUCGCCACUCGAUUCACGGCCUGGAACACGGUUAGUAAAUCACA